AUGGUCUAUGCGCACCGAAUAUAUGAAAGCCUUAUGGUACAGAACUUUCUUGUAUACAAUCCAUUGGAUGAAGAUGUGACCGUCAAGUUGAACAAAGCGCACAUCAAAAAUUUGAAAGGAAUCAAAACGAUCAAGAUGAUUAAUUUGAAACAGAAAAACUUGCCAACCGAUACGGCCUCUCGGGACGUAGCUUAUCAGGUCAUCUCCGUUUUGUUGGAUGAGGAUGCAUCAGGACCAGAUUCGGAGUGGGAGUAUUCCACCCGUCGCGUCAUUGUCGUCGUCUUGUUUGAACCUGUUUUUCCCGAUGCCUUUACAGUACCAGCAGGAAGAAUACGUCAAACCUUGGUCUCUGGACGAUGA